AUGGCGUUGGGUGCAUCUCGCCAAUCGGCGCACGAUCAAGCCCACGCCGGCUUUGGUCCAGCCGCUCAUCACUAUGAUCCAAAUCACAUGCAACCGUAUCAGUCUGGACCGUCAGAUCAAUCCUACCUCACUGACCCAACCCAUCCAGACUACGAUCCCAUGGUAGAUCCCAACCUUCAACUCAAGACCGUCAGAACCGCUGCUGCUUCCAUCGCCGAAUCGCAUCGUUCAGAGCAACGCAGAGAUGAUCGACGCAAAGCAAAGCGUGCCAACAGCCUUUCCCAUAGGCUCUUUCGUGGCAAAACCUUGCGCAAGCAACAACAAAAGGGCUCCACCCUGGCGCACCUCGUCUCACAAGAGGCCAAGAAGCGUCGUUCCGAUGAUCCUUCCGCCUACCAACACGACUCAAACACCUGCUUUGCCUCAGCUCAGCAUGCUGUCGACCCCGAUUCCAACGAGAAGCACCAAGAACCAGACGCUCUUCCAUCUCCACCCGUCGGUUCCACCAUGCGAAAGACCAAGCCAAAGAAACGUAGAAACAUCUACGUCAAUGUUCCACCGCCUCGCUCGGAAUUACGAAACAAUGGCGAUCCAGCCAUCGUCUAUCCGCGCAACAAGGUCCGCACCUCCAAGUACACUCCCAUCACCUUCCUUCCCCGUUUCCUCUUUGAGCAAUUCCGUCGCGUCGCCAACAUCUACUUCCUCGGCCUAGUCGUCCUCCAGGUAUUUCCUACCUUUGGUGCAACCAUUCCACAGAUUGCCAUGUUGCCACUCGUCGCCAUUCUCACCAUCACCGCCAUCAAAGACUCAAUAGAGGAUCAUCGAAGACAUGUCCUCGACAACCAAGUCAACAACUCGGCCGUCACCCGUCUCGGCAGCUGGCGCAACCUCAACCAGCCCAACGACCAGCGCUCCUGGUAUCAGAAACUCUUUGGACUUGCCGGACGCGGCGGAGCCAAGGUCUCCAAGGGCGUUCGCAAGCUCCGCGAGAAGGAGGACGCUAUCGGUCUGCGCCAAGUCAGCGCUACCUCACGCCGUCCUGGCGCUACUGCCGACGCUGGCUUCUCUGCCAACGACCAUUUCGGCGCUCGUCCCAGCGCUCGCAGUCUACGCAGUGACAGUCUUGCUAGCUCCCAUGCGCUCGGCACCAUUUUCAGCGAAAGCGAGCGUGAAAAUGGCAGCUUCUACGGAGCGAGCUACAACCAUUCCAAUGCCGCGCUCAACCGUGAUGCCAACGCCAGCUCAGUCUCGGUGCUCCAACCACUUCAAUCCAACGACCAGCAGCAACAAGCUCUCAGCGCUACCACCCUCCACACGCACUCGAGCAACGUCGAUGGUGUCGUUGAUUACCGACGACAUACACCCGGAACUGCCCGAUGGGAACGCACGCUCUGGAAAAAGCUCGAAGUCGGCGACAUUGUCCUCCUCCGCGAAGAUGAGCAGGUUCCAGCCGACAUUGUAGUCCUCAACACCUCCGACCCGGACGGCAACGCAUACGUCGAGACUAAAAACCUUGACGGCGAAACCAACCUCAAGGUGCGCAAGUCGCUCAAAGCCACGAUGGGCAUUCAAUCGGAAGAGGACGCCGAGCACGCCCGCUUCGUCAUCGAUAGCGAGCCGCCGCACGCCAACUUGUACAGCUACAAUGGUCUACUCAAGUAUACCAUCACUCAACCCAGCAAAGAGGCCGACUUUGCCGACGCGCUCGCACACUUGCCACACAACAGUAGUGCCUAUGCUGCCGCAGAAGCACGCUCCCGCCGAGUCGAGCCCAUCACCAUCAACGAGCUCCUCCUCCGAGGCUGCGCUCUCCGAAACACCGAGUGGAUCAUUGGCGUUGUCGUCUUCACGGGAGAGGACACAAAGAUCAUGCUCAACUCGGGCGAAACUCCCUCGAAGCGCUCCAAGAUCGAAAAGGAGACCAACUUUAACGUCAUUGUCAACUUUCUUCUCCUCAUGGUCCUGUGUACCAUCUGCGCCCUCAUCGGCGGCUUCCGUCUGACAAACACCAACACCAGUCGCGCAUACUACGAGGUAGGCGCCGAACUCAGCACCAGCAAUAUCGUCAAUGCGCUUGUCAUCUUUGGUUCAUGCCUCGUCGUCUUCCAGAACAUCGUGCCCAUCUCGCUCUACAUUUCCAUCGAAAUCGUCAAAACCAUCCAGGCCUUCUUCAUCUUCCAGGACAUCGAGAUGUACUAUGCUCCGCUCGACUAUCCAUGCAUGCCCAAAACCUGGAACAUCUCGGACGACCUUGGUCAGAUCGAAUACAUCUUCUCCGACAAGACAGGCACGCUCACCCAGAACGUCAUGGAGUUUAAAAAGUGCUCCAUCAACGGUGUCUCGUACGGCCAAGGUGUCACCGAGGCCAUGAUUGGCGCCAUGAAGCGCGAAGGCAAGGACACCUCUGGCUUCAGCGCAGACAAACAGGACGCCGAGCUCGCCAAGUCCAAGAAGCGCAUGGUUGACAUCAUGAAUCGCGCCUUUAAAAACAGAUAUCUGCGACCCAAUAAAAUGACACUCAUCUCGCCACCCAUGGCUGAGACGCUUGCCGCAGCUCCCUCGCAUCCACAGCGAAAGAACAUUGUCACCUUCUUCCGUGCGCUUGCCCUCUGCCAUACUGCGCUUGCGGAUCGACCGGACGGCAACGAUCCCUACACGAUCGAGUACAAGGCUGAAUCUCCAGACGAAGCUGCUCUUGUUGCAGCCGCUCGUGAUGCCGGUGCUGUCUUUAUCGCCAAGAACAACAACACGGUCGACAUUGAAGUAAUGGGUCAGCCAGAGCAGUAUAUCCCGCUCAAGGUGCUCGAAUUCAACAGUACACGAAAACGCAUGUCAGUCAUCGUACGCGAAGUCGACGGGCGCAUCCUGAUGAUCACCAAGGGUGCCGACUCGGUCAUCUACCAGCGACUGCGUGCUGAUCAUCCGCAAGAGCUCAAGCAGGUCACUCAGCAGGAUUUGGAGGCGUUUGCCAACGCUGGUCUGCGUACGCUCUGCAUUGCCUACCGUUAUCUGGACGAAGCAGAGUACAUCGAAUGGGCACGUCUCCACGAUGAGGCCAGUGCCAGCCUCACUGAUCGUGAAGACGCCAUCGAUGAAGCAAACGACAAGAUCGAGGUCGACCUUACUCUGCUCGGCGCCACUGCACUUGAGGACAAGCUGCAAGAGGGCGUUCCCGAAGCCAUCGAGACACUCCAUCGAGCUGGCAUCAAGCUGUGGAUCCUGACAGGUGACAAGCUGCAGACCGCCAUCGAGAUCGGGUUCAGUUGCAAUCUGCUGACCUCCGACAUGGAGAUCAUGAUCAUCUCAGCCGAUCAUGAGACGGGAACGCGAGCUCAGCUCGAGGCUGCGUGCAACAAGAUCGCCGCAGCAGGUAGACCCGUAGUGGUUGAGCAGCCGCCAAGUCGCAAAGGUGCAAAGGUGCGCAAGAAUCGCCUCACCGUUGAGCGAACCGAGCAGGCUCCCAAAGACGGUUUUGCCGUUGUCAUUGACGGUGAGACGCUCCGCUAUGCGCUCGAUUCGAACUUGCGCCCGCUCUUUCUUGCUCUCACUACGCAGUGCGAGGCUGUGGUCUGCUGUCGAGUCUCUCCUGCGCAAAAGGCUCUCACGGUCAAGCUGGUCAAGGAUGGCAAGGACGCCAUGACGCUUGCCAUCGGCGACGGUGCCAACGACGUUGCUAUGAUCCAGGAGGCGCACUGCGGGGUCGGAAUUGCUGGUCUGGAAGGCGCACAAGCAUCCAUGAGCGCCGAUUACGCCAUCGGUCAGUUUCGUUUCCUCACUCGAUUGCUGUUGGUCCACGGCCAGUUGUGCUAUCACCGCAUCUCGGAUCUGCACAAGGUGUUUUUCUACAAAAACAUCAUCUGGACCUCGAUCUUGUUCUUCUACCAAAUUCAUUCCGACUUUACGGGCUCGUACAUAUUCGACUACACCUACAUCCUGCUGUACAACCUUGUCUUCAGCUCGCUCUGCGUCAUCGUGAUUGGUGCGCUCGACCAGGUGGUCAACAUCAAAGCCUUGCUGGCAUUCCCGCAAACAUACAAGCGCGGUAUACAGGGUGCCGAGUACACCAAGUUCCUUUUCUACAUGAGCAUGCUCGAUGCUGCGUUUCAAGGUGCCGUCUGCUACUUUAUUCCUUGGUGGUUCUAUACCUACGGUCCCAUGAUCGGACACACGGGUCAAGAGAUGGGCAGUCUCAACAUGUUUGGUACCACCAUUGCUGCAGGUGCGGUGACCACGGCCAACCUGUACGCUGGUAUCAUUUCAAAGCACUGGACAGGUAUCUUUUGGGUCGUCGAAAUCAUUUCGCUCCUCAGUGUCUAUGCGUGGACCAUGAUUUACUCGGCUUUCCCCGUCUUCAGCUUUCAAAACGUUGGCUUUUGGCUCGUUCAGACGGUCAACUUCUGGGCCAUUGUCCUGAUCAUCACUCUAGUCUCGUUGUUGCCACGCUUCUUUGCGCGAGCCUGGCGAGCCUCUUUCCAUCCGAACGAGCACGACAUUCUGCGUGAGGCAUGGACGCAUGGUGAUCUCAAGGAUCAGCUAGGCAUCGCUCACCAGAGCAAGAAGAAAGCACGUCGAGCUGCUGCCGCUGCUGCAUCCAAGCAUGCGUAUUAUGACGACACUGUUGCGAAAACGGAUGACGCAUUCGACCGCAAAGAUCGCGAUGUGGAAGGGCAGAACAAUCACCUGCUUGUUGACCCCAAAAGGUUGACAGAUCGCCAGCGAUAUCAACAGCGCUUCAAUCUGUCUGCGGUGGGUGAGGAGGAUGACAGGUCGGACACGUCAGCCGACCCACUUCAGAUGGGUGAACAUGAAAAUCACUACUCUCGACAAUAUGUGGGCGGCUACAGUCAAAAUAACCACACCCGCACACCGCAGUUGCAGCCGCCACCAGCCUUUAGCGCCGCUGCAAGCUAUGAUCGUAACGACGGUGCUGUUUCGGGCCUGUCCUUUUACGACCCGGACGCAUUACCCCGGAGCAAAACUGCGGCAAGUCCCGAAGCAAUGCGCGCCUACCAAUAUCAUGACCAAAACGAUUCUGAGAAGACAGCUCAACCGGGUCUGCCAACGAUCCAGGUACAGAACGCUUCUUGGUUGGCCCAGGACAACGCCGUUGGGCAGGGAAGGCCACAUCCGAUGAUGACACAGCAACCUUCAAAGGACAGCUUCACGAGGGCGUUUGAUGACGAAUUCGGCGCGGAGUACGAUUACGGCGUCAACCCAUACCCAGCUGCGACUGGCAACGGGUAUGCACCAGCAGGGACCAGAUCCGUCUCAAACUCAAGCUACGGCUCUGGUGCUACACACACCGAUGCGCGAUUCUAUCCGUCAGCUGCAACACAGGCACCACAGGAGCAGUCGAAGUCGAAGUCGAAUCCUACAACGCCCACCAAAUUGGCUGGUUCUCGAUAUCAUGAUCGAUUCAAGAUGCCUUCUCCACCUACUGCGCCUCACUACGAUUCACCUGGCAUGACGACAAACUCUUCCCAGCAAAGUCUCACUGUCGAAGCGGCGCACCCAACGGGAAGUUCCGCAGCGAGGCAAACCGGUGGCCAUGACGGCGCCGGAGGUCAUUCACACGAGCUUUCUGGCGCGUCGGGUGUCUCAUGGCAUACAGCUGAAGGUUCGCAUCAAGCUCAUCACGAUCGCGCUCCCUCCGACGCUUCCAAGUUUCUGGCGUUGUGA